AUGACUACAAUCAUGGCAUCGAGGAUAUCAUACGACGGGCCAAACUCUGGGUUCCAGGGAGGUAUAAUUCAUGGGAAUGUCACUGCUCAGUUCUUACAAUCGGAAACAUCAUUGAAUCAAGCGUGCCUGCGGGAUCUGCGGACGACCGAUCCUCACCAUGACAAAGAUCGUAUUCAGAACACCAACGGAGGGCUACUCAAAGACUCGUACUGCUGGAUUCUCGACAAUGAGGAGUUUCAACAAUGGCAAAACAACCAGAGCAACUGCCUCCUCUGGAUCAGAGGUGAUCCGGGCAAAGGCAAGACAAUGCUCCUCUGCGGCAUCAUCGACGAGUUAACACGGUCGUAUGGGGACAUUGCGAAUAUCUCGUUCUUUUUCUGCCAAGCUACCGACGUGCGAAUCAACAGCGCCACAGCUGUCCUUCGUGGCUUAAUAUAUGCUCUUGUCAAGAAGCAGCCAUCUCUUCUCUCCCACGUAAAGAGUCAGUAUGACCACGCGGGAAAAGCAUUGUUUGAGGAUAUAAACGCAUGGAAUGCUCUCUCGAGGAUCUUCACGGAUAUAUUGAAGGACGCGACCUUACCGAGCACCUAUCUGAUUAUCGACGCGCUGGACGAAUGCACAACAGGCCUACCUUCCCUUCUCGACUUGAUUACACAGGUAUCGUCUACUUACCCACAGAUAAAGUGGAUUGUCUCGAGCCGCAACUGGCCUGAUAUCGAAGAGCGUCUUGACACUACCCAUACCGCUCCGAUCUCAUUAGAGCUCAACGAGGCGUCUGUAUCUGAAGCUGUGAGCAAAUUCAUUCAACACAAGGUUCACUACCUGGCGAAAGUGAAGAAGCAUAGCGAUGAAACUCGUGAUAAGAUCUGCCGUCACUUGUCAUCCAACUCGCAAGGAACUUUCCUUUGGGUGGCCUUGGUCUGUCAAGAUCUUGAUAGAACAUCGCGGAGGCACGCUCUCGCGAAGCUGGAGGCGUUUCCUCCUGGACUGAAUGCCUUGUACGGUCGGAUGAUCGAUCAGGUUCGCAACUCGGAAGAUGCCGAGUCCUGCAAGCGAAUACUGGCUGUCAUGUCCCUUGUGUAUCGGCCUAUCGAGUUUGAGGAGCUGGGCUCUCUUGUUGAGCUACCCGAUGAUCUCGCCGGUGACUCUGAAGCUCUAUCAGAUAUUGUCGCGAUUUGUGGCUCGUUUUUGACUGUGCGGGAAAGCACUAUCAUUUUCGUCCAUCAGUCUGCAAAGGAAUUUCUACUCAGAGAGACGCAAACUGGGGUUUUCUCUGGAGGUAUAGAAGCUGGACACCAGAAAGUUUUCUCUCGUUCUCUUGAAGCCAUGUCUAAGACACUUCGGCGAGACAUCUUCCAAAUUAAACUCCCUGGAUUCCCGGUUGAGAAGGUCAUACCACCCAGUCCGAAUCCAUUAGCAGCUGCACAAUAUGCAUGUGUCUAUUGGGUCGACCAUCUUCAUCAUAGUGGAUGUCAUAAAAAAAGAAAUCUUGACAUUGAUGAGAGAGGGUGUAUUGGUGAUUUUCUACAAAAUAAAUAUCUUCACUGGCUUGAAGCCCUUAGCAUUUUAGGAAGGAUAUCACAAGGCAUAGCAGCCAUGCUAAAGCUCGAGGGCUUACUUCAGCUACUAUAA